AAACUGAAAAUGGAAAACGAGUUCAAUACCAGCAAGAACUUUGUGCUCCUUGGCAUUGAGGAGAUGGAAAGGUUUAAAUAUCUUUACUGCUCACUUUUACUCAUAACUUACUUCUUCAUUUUGAUGUUCAGCUCGACGAUCAUCUUUGUGGUGGUGUUUGAUGAAAGCCUUCAUGAGCCCAUGUACACUCUUAUAGCCAUCCUUUUGCUCAAUGGGAUAUUUGGGAGCUCUUGUGUCUUCCCAAAACUGAUCACUGAUUUGUUAUUAUCAUCCAAGGAGAUAUCACACAACGGCUGUUUCAUCCAGACAUUUGGGGUGACACUUUUUGCCUACUUUGAAAUCUCCACAUUCACCAUCAUGGCUCAUGACACCUACUUAGCAGUUGGCCACCCAUUGAGAUACCCAACUCUAAUGACAAAUUCAUUGGCUCUGAAAUUAAUCAUGGGAUCUUUGAUCUAUAAUGUCAUCUUAAUUUUGCCUAGUUCAUUACUUGCAGCAAGACUCCCACUUUGCAGGUCUCACAUUAGCAACAUAUUUUGCGAUAACAUGGCCAUCCUUAUUCUCUCCUGUGUAGAUACUUCUAUCAACAAGUUGUAUGGAGCAAUUAUUUUUGUUGUCGAUUUAAUAGUCAUGGCACUACUCAUAUCCCAUUCUUACGUCCGUGUAUUUCUGAUCUGCUUCAAGAUUUCCAAAGAUGCCUUUAAGAAAGCCAUUCACACCCUGGUGACCCACCUACUCAAUUUUUCUAUUUUUAUGAUAGGAGUUUUUUUUAUAUUUGCUCGCUACAGACUUGGGACCAUUAACCUCCCUGUUACCUACCAUAUACUUCUAUCUAUAAUUACCUUUAUAUUUCCCCCUCUUCUCACCCCUGUAAUAUAUGGAAUAAGGAUGCAGACACUAAAAAUUAAAAUCAUUCAAUUAUUCAAAAAGGGAUCUAGUUCUAAGCCUGAAAACUAUAGGUUUGUUCAUGAAGAUCAUCAUUUUUUAGGCUUCUACAUUCAAUAUUUUGGAAUCUUGUUAAUGAACUGA